ACUGAGCGAAGUUUCUUGAAGCAGAUACAAGAAAUCUCAAAUUUUUCUUGUGUGAUUCGGUUUUUGGAAAUGAAUGGGAGUAAUGGGGAGGAGCGAGUUGUUCACGAGGUUGCAAUGGUGGUACCUAAGAGGGCUCUGGAAGAAGAAGGAGACUGUGUUGAGUUUUUGGUGACUGAACUAAAGAAGAGAGGGAUGGUUGUUGAUAGAGUCGUCGGUCUCGCAGAUGAGUUUCUCAAGGUAGCAGCUCCUUUGGAGACCUUGGGCAAUGCAGCAGAAGAGCUUCAUAUACGCAAACCUACUCGUCUCGGAAUUGAUCUGCCCUUUGAGAUGCAAGGGUCUGAGGCUUUCAUUCGGCAACCUGAUGGGUCACUGUUCAGCUGGUUUGAACGUUUUCGGUGCUAUCAACAUCUUAUUUACGGAAUUCAAAUGAAACUUGACGGCAGAGAGUUUUGUUGGGUAGCAGGGGAAUCAUUACUUCGAAGGUUGGAAUCAGAGGGCGUCAUUAAACAAAUGUUUCCUCUUCAUGAUGAAUUCAAGAGGAAGGAACUUCUCCAAACUUGGGCAUUAAAUUGGUGGAACUUCACAAACCAACCAAUUGAUCAGAUCUACUCUUACUUUGGUGCAAAGAUUGGAGUCUACUUUUCGUUCUUGGGAAUGUAUACGCAAUGGUUGAUAUUUCCAGCCUUACUUGGGUUUAUAGUGCAGAUGGUUGAUUUUGGAUCCUUGCAGUUUCUUGCUCUCCCAAUUUUCUUUGUGAGCACAAUACUCUGGGCUGCCUUGUUUCUUCAGUUCUGGAAACGUAAAAACGCGGCCUUGUUAGCUAGAUGGCAGAUAAAUUGUUUAGUUGGCCCCAGCCAAGGAUAUAGAUUCCUCGGAAUGGAAUGGAGUUCCCUUCCGUUUCCAAAGGAGCUUAUAAAGAAUCUCGGAAAUGAGAGAUCCAAAGAGAAGGAAGCAUAUCAAAGAUAUGAAUGGUUUGCUUAUCGCAAGAGGUUUAGGAAUGAUGUUCUAGUUAUCAUGAGCAUUAUCUGCCUCCAACUUCCAUUUGAGCUGGCGUAUGCUCAUAUUUUCGAGAUUAUCACAUCUGAUAUAAUCAAGUAUGUAUUGACAGCUAUCUACCUUCUAAUCAUUCAGUACCUCACUCGACUAGGAGGCAAAGUAUCUGUCAAGCUGAUAAAUCGAGAAAUCAACGAGAGUGUGGAAUAUCGAGCUAACAGCUUGAUUUACAAAGUUUUUGGGCUCUAUUUUAUGCAGACAUACAUUGGGAUCUUCUAUCACGUUCUUUUACAUCGAAACUUCAUGACACUUCGACAAGUAUUGAUACAACGGUUAAUAAUCUCACAGGUUUUCUGGACUUUGAUGGAUGGUUCUUUACCUUAUCUUAAGUACAGCUACAGAAAAUAUAGAGCUAGGACGAAGAAGAAAAUGGAAGAUGGAUCAUCAACAGGGAAAAUUCAAAUAGCCUCAAGAGUGGAGAAGGAAUAUUUCAAGCCUACAUAUUCAGCAAGCAUUGGGGUAGAACUUGAAGAUGGACUUUUCGAUGAUUCCCUCGAGCUGGCUUUGCAGUUUGGAAUGAUUAUGAUGUUUGCUUGUGCCUUCCCUCUUGCUUUUGCCCUUGCCGCAGUGAGCAAUGUAAUGGAAAUAAGAACAAAUGCUUUAAAGCUAUUGGUGACACUUCGAAGACCUCUUCCUCGUGCUGCUGCAACAAUUGGAGCUUGGUUAAACAUAUGGCAGUUUCUGGUAGUAAUGUCCAUAUGCACAAACUCGGUACUCUUGGUAUGCUUAUAUGAUCAAGAAGGCAAAUGGAAGAUCGAACCGGGGCUCGCGGCAAUUCUCAUCAUGGAACAUGUACUUUUGCUUCUGAAAUUUGGUCUCUCUCGUCUGGUCCCUGAAGAGCCUGCUUGGGUUAGAGCCAGUCGUGUGAAGAAUGUGACACAAGCACAAGACAUGUACUGUAAACAGCUCUUGAGAAGCAUUUCUGGUGAAUUAGCUUCCUUGACAAAACCUGAACAAGAACAACAACAAGACUAUGAGCGGUUUUGACCAGAAAAAUCAGAAACAAAAAAUACCAAAAGGCUCUCUCUUUUUUUGUGUGACAGUUUGAUUUUUCGUUGCCACCUUUUGUGCAUAGAAGCUGUGUGAGAUCUUGAAGACUAUGUAUCUUCGGUUUUGUCUAUAACACGUUAACGUAUGAGGAAAUCAUUAUAAUAUAUAUGAUAUUAUUGU